CUCGAUUUUUGCCCCUUGCACUAUGAACUUUGACUGCAAGAUGGCGUCGUAAUCCUACUCCGGGCUUUGGCGGUCGUAACUUUUUGAAAGUUACAGUACCGUAUACAGUGAUUUUUACGUAACAAUAGUACCAAGAAGAAGAAGAAGAAUCUCCGAUCCGUACCCAGACCGUGGUGUAUCGGCCCGGCCAUGUCGUCGGAAGUGAAGUGGCCGUUCCCUCGGCGGCCCGGCCCGCUGUGGAACGUCGCCAGCACCCUGACAGUGGCCGCUGUAGGAGGGUUCAGCAAGUUGAUGAUGAGAGUGCUGAAUGAUGUACAGGUGUACAACAUGGAUGUCCUGACAGAAGCGGUGGAGAGGCGCCACCCGUCACAGCCACUCAUCACAGUCAGUAACCACGCCUGCUGUAUGGACGACCCUCUCAUAUGGGGCAUCCUGAAAUGGAGGUAUUUGUGUAGCAGGAAGCAAAUCAGAUGGACUCUUGCAGCUGAAGAUAUCUGCUUUACCAACAAACCCUUUGCCAUUUUCUUCUGUCUCGGCCAGACUAUACCAGUGCGGAGAGGGGGAGGUGUGUACCAAAGAGGAGUGGAUUUUAUGGUGGAACAGCUGAACAAGGGAAGAUGGGUGCACAUGUUUCCAGAAGGGAAAGUGAACAUGACAAAAGAGAUGAUAAGGCUGAAGUGGGGCGUGGGAAGACUAAUUGAAGAAUGUCAGCAUACACCCAUCGUUAUACCUAUUUGGCAUGUCGGAAUGGAUUCUGUCUUACCAAAUGUGAAGCCUUAUAUCCCCCAGGCUGGGAAGAGGGUGACAGUGCUUGUAGGUCAGCCAUUCCAGUUUCACAGUAUUCUUACACAACUCAGGAAAGACCAAAAAUCACCUAUGGAGAAACGUAAGGUCCUGACGGACCACAUCCAGGACCAGUUUGUGAGGCUGAAGGCUGAGACGGAGGCUCUACAUUACCAGACUGUAGACAGCUGAUGAAGGGCAGUGGAAUAUAAAUUAAUAUAUUAAGUAGCUUUUACACCUGGCAAUGAUAGAGACUAACAUCCAUCAGGCCUUCCUAAAGGGUUAUAGAUAGUAGAACCUUGGAAAAAUAGGGUAAAUGAUUACCCAGGAGAGAGACAGUAGCAAUGGUAACUUAAGUGUAUGGAUGGUAUGUAAACACUGGCAAAUGGUGACCAAACUCACCUGGCAAGUUAUUUUUCCAUACAAUGUAUUUGGCUAAAUUUUAUCUAUUUCAACCAGUGUAGUUUCUCUGGUGGAGACUAGUUUGAGAUGAAUUGGGAAGAAUUUUGAACCACGUUGGAGCCGUUUGUCAAGCUGUGAAACUACUGCCAUACUUUCUCUUUGUGGAAAACAAUAUCAUGGGGCAGUCAUGGCUAGUGGAGGUUAAAUUUCAUUAAGUGUAGUAAUACUAGUAUUCCUGGAUGAAUGAAUUUCAAAGGGUACAUCUACCAGAGCGUAAUGUAGUUCCCAUGGAAAAUGUAAAGAUUCUCCCACUGGCACUAAGUCUUGUAGUUCCAUACAAGCCUCAGAUCAGUGAGGAAGCUACAGUGUAUUUGUUUAUUUUCUUUAGUAAUGUUUGAAAAUCCAGGUUGCUGACUGUUCAAGGGGGGUAUGUGUGGAUCCUGGAUGAAGCCAUAGUUUUAUCUUACAGUGUGCUCUACUCGUCAAUCUUGCCAGGCUCAAUUCUGCAAAUGUUAACAAUUGUUCAACAGUAAACGAUAUUGCUGGUAUUAUGGGCCACACAUGUACAUUUGUAGCAGUGACAGAAGUAGUAAUUGCGACAAUUCCUUUUGUUCUUGUGUGAUUUUUGUUUCUUGACUCAAUACAGAAUUUGUCAGAUGAUUUGUAGUUGUCAUCUGUCUUAAAUUGUAUGAUAUUCUCCAUAGAUUUUAAAUACAAUGUAGGGAGUGUGGCUUGUUUUGCCUUUGUUGUCAAUAUGAAUUUCUGAAUGUCUAUAGUGCACGUCCUUAAAUACAUGCUUUAGUAGAUGGAGACACUUUGAAACAAUUGAAUGGGGAGAAUACCAGAUUUCUGUCCAAUAUAAGCUUCAUUCAAUCUGUUAUUCAUUUACAGGGAUAAAAACGCUAUAAUUUAAUUCCUUUGAAUGUUUUUGGUUAGUUAUCUUAUCAAUUUGUGCUUCAGUUCUUUAUGUUAAGUUGACGCAGGUUUGGGAGCUCUCUCAGAUUUGACUGGCAAAUUGUACUAAUGUCUAUGUCUGGGAG